AUGAGCCGCGUGUCUCUGCAACGGCGACCACAUUCGUCGGCGCCCGAUGAGGUGAGGUGCGCCGGUGCACCUGUACCCUCAAAUGCGCGUCAUGCGCCACCUCGCCGCAGGGCGUCGGCAUGCUCGUCGUCAGCGGCGUACUUUCCGACGCAGGCGAGUCUUUUUCGCGACUCGUACAACCUUCCUUUGACCUGCGGUGCAGUGUCAAGUGGGUGCUCCUAUCAGUUGCCGCACAGACGGCUGCAUAUUUACGCGAACGGCGGAGGCCGAGACGUCGGCCUGCGCGACCACGACGUAACCUGCAGCCCCGGCGCCCGGCGGCCGCCACCACCUCCACGGCGGGCGGUCACGGCAGGAGCAUCUGCAGGCCGAUCUUGCGCCGCGAAUGGAAGCGGCGCCGCAGACGCGGUUGUGUUUCAGUACUACUCACAGCAGCGCCAGAAGCGAGGGCAGCUGCGUUCUCAGUCUUUUCUCCACGACUUUGAAGCAACUGCCACACCAGUGCGCCGGCAGUCAUCCACGUCGAGCGGCGGUGGCAUUUCCGCACCUGCAACACCGGCUGGUGGGAACGCAGAGGCCUCAUCUCCCCCGCUGCCCUUUCGCUGUACUAGCCGCCCCCCUGCGCACGAUCGUGAUGCCGGUAUCCACGCGCGCUUGCAUCAUCAACCCUCAGCGUCACCGUUGUCUAUGGAGCAAGCGAGCGUCAUUCACGACACGUCGACCUCGCUGAUUCCUCUCAUGCCGCCGAUAGACGAGAGCAGCUGGCCUGUGCAGCUCUCUCCUUCUCAGCACCAGCAUUGCGAAGCAAUGGUGCGGCUGCUGGUGCAGCUCCCGGCAGCACAGGCGCACCGCGUCGUUCUCGCUGCGAUCCGCCAGUACGAGGCACAGCGCUUGCUCCAGUACUACGGUGGCGUGCAUGCGUUGCCUGUUACUGAGAGCUCCCCGCAUGCGAUGCCACGAACCCCGUCAACAUCAUCGCUGGCGUCGUCCCCCAUUAAGGUGCCGCCAGCAAGGCGGCACGGCGACGGCCGGUCCGCUCUCUUCGAGGCACUGCAAGACCGCCUCGAUGACAUGCAACGCGCCGACCUGGCUGCACAGGCGCUCUCGCCGUUCACCGCGGCAUCCAGUCACUGGCAGCGGCGGGGCGGCAGCCGAGCGGAUAGACCGGCGCGUGGGCAGUUGCAUGUUAGCCACUUCAUCAGGGUCAGCCCGCCCACCAUUCCUCCCCCCACAGCGGUGCGACGCCCGUAUCUGGCGCGCCGACAAACGCCGCAAGACAGUGCAAUAAGACAGUGCCCCGACUCCGGCGACGCCCGCGCCCCGCGGCAGCUCCGCCGUCGCAUUCUGGCGAGUCGUGUUGCCAAGCCGCGCGCCCGCGGCGCCGAGCAGGGAUGCUGCACGGGCGAGAAUGGUGCUGCGGUUCGUGACGCGUCGGCUUCAUCGCAGACCCACUCUACGCCGCUGCUGCAGCAGCGGCACGACUUCAUGAAGACGAUCAAGCCCCCGCACCGCCAUGCGUUGGCUGGUGCAUUGUUGGUGGAACCCGGUGGUUCUGCCGAGGCAGCACCUGUGGCCCAUGACCAUGAUUCUGGUAGGCGCGCUAGUAUACCACCAGGUGCACAGGUAACAGCAGUCGCAGGGCGGGGCAAAGGAGCGCGAGAGGAGGGCCUGUACAGGCCCGCAUCGAUGGCGGAGCGCAACGGCGGCUCGCUGCCACCGCCCUUGCUCGCACUCACCGCUACUAGCAAGGAGAUGCCUGACACCAGCGUCGGUUGGCCCCUCGCCGAAGGCACCGCUCUCUCUCCCGGGGCCGCCGCGGCAAGGCGGGCAUACUUGGAGCAACAGCAGAAGGAACAGCAGCAGCGGCAGCGACCUUCGUCUCUCUCAAGGCUUAGCGCGGACGCGGAUGAGGGGGAGGGGUCGGAGCUGCUGCCGGAAUCGGCGUGGCGUUCGCACGUCACACCUGACGAAAGCGACGCAGCGUGCCGUUAUCCGAGAAACAGUUCAGCGGAUUGCUUUGGGUCCAGCUCUGGCAAACGCGGCGCGGCCUCGCCAGGCAGCGUCUCCCUCGAAGACUCGGCGCCGCGGAGCGAGGGGCUGAGAGGCUCCUCGGUGCCGAGUGUGACGCCAGCGCCGCUUACGGGCGUUUUGGCUGCCCCGCCGCCGCCGAAACAGAUUCCUGGAGUGCAUCUGCCCACGCGAGUGGCGACGGUGGGCUCAGCAGGCGAGCCCGCAGCCUUCAUAACAGACUGCACUGGCGUAUCGACCUCAGCGCUGCGCAAUCCCAAGGCGCGGCCCCACGGUCGCAAGGGGAGCGACGACGCUGGCACAUCGGAUGCGCCACCAUCCAACAGCGGCGCAUUCUGGGGGGAAGACUACGUGGCUGUGGAGGUGGGUGGCUCCUCGGAGUUGCACGGACAGAAUCGAUAUCGCGAGGGUGGCAGCGGUGCUGACCCCUCCACGCCACCACUCCAAGGCAAACGUGCGGCGGGACUCGAUGGGCAGCACCUGUUCUCAGCUCCCGCCCAGUUCGAAGAUAGCGUCAUCACUGCUUCCUCGAUUAGUUCAGAGCCUUUCUUGCAAGAAGACACUGCCGACAACGACCGCGAUGGCGUGACAGCGCUGACGGCUCACUCUACCAGUAGGCCGGUAGCCGCAGGAUCACUGGCAGCCAACAAAUCUACUGACGAACUCUUGCUUCCCUGGGAAAUCUAG